AUGAACCUGUUGGAGAGAAGGCAGCUCUGCGACAGUUGUGAAGGCAGCGAUAGUUGUGAAAUUGAUGGACAUGUUGGUAAAGAAACAACACCAAAACUCUUCAACAGGGCAAGAAUUCUAGGUAGUGUUUUGAAUGGAUUACUACCCUGUACCAUAAUCCUUUUAACUAUCGAUGCCAAUUUUGGACCUAUGAUAGCAAAUUUAAGAAGGGCAAGGUUUAGAGUCAUUCUUGUGAAGUCGAUCAGGUCAAGAGCCUUUAAACUUGAACCUGAUUCUCGUAAUCCUUAUCCUCCUUGGGAUUUUGAGGGACUUGAACAUAAUUUUUAUGAGAUGUUUGCCACAAUAUCGCAAUUAAUACCAUUUGAAUUUUCUUUGUAUAUGAUACAUCAACAUGCUGUAGAAUCCAUAUUUUUAAAUGAUGCUGAUGAUGAUGAAUGGGUGAUGAUCAUCAUCACGCAUUAUCAUCUAGACCUAGACAAAACCGAAAUGAUAGAGUGCAAAGCGGUUGCAGCGAUCCGCGAUUUGAUCUGCCCGCGUCUUGGAAUCAUCCGAAGUUCUUCAGAAGGAGCGGUAGAGAUACAUAUUAUGGUGUUGCUAGUGGAAGCUGCUUGGUUUCUUGAGUCGCUGACAGAGAAGGUAUUGGCCGUGAAGGGCAGAGCUCCGCCCCAACAUCAAGUGUUUGUAAGUUUCCGAGGCAGCGACGUUCGCUAUAACUUCUUCAGCUUUCUUAAAGACGCAUUGAUAAAGAAUGGUAUCAACGUGGUAACGGACGAGGACGCACCUAGGGGAAAACCAAUCGAUGAGAAUCUUUUGAAGCUUAUAAAAGACUCGAGGAUCGCUGUCGUGAUCUUCUCGGAAAACUAUCCGGAGUCCACUUGGUGCUUAGACGAGUUGGUGGAGAUCGAGAAACAAAUGGAUCUUAAGAUGCUUGAUUCUUGUCCUAUCUUUUUUGAGGUUGAGACUUGUCACGUUAAACUUCAGGUCGCAAGAAGUACUUUCAACUACAAUCUACUGCAGUUGGAGCACGAUGAGCGGAAGAAAGCUAGGCAGAUUAGUAAGAAGGCUUGGGAGGAUGCAGAGAAGAGAUUCGAAGGAUGGAGAAAAGCUUUGAUUUCGGUCGCGUCUCGCUUGGGCUUAACAUAUAAGAAGGGGAGCAACCAAGCAACCUUCGUAAAUGAAAUCGUCGAGAAGGUUAAGGCAAUGCUUGACAACGUUUCCUCAUCACACAUUACGCCGCAACAUCAAGUUUACAUAAGUUUUCGGAGUCGAGAGAUCCGCAACAAGUUCUCCAGCCUUCUUAGAGCCGCGUUACGAAGGAGUGGGAUCAACGUCCUUCUAGAUGAUGAAAAUAUCACUCGAAUAGAGUCAAGAGACGAAGUUGAUAGACUUUUUUGUCGAGUUUCGAGAGUGAAGGAUCGAACUAGUGUUCAUUACCAAAAUUUGCAAGAGCUCGACGUAGUGCUUGAAGAAACUGCUGGAGAUGAAUAA